AAGCAUAAUCUUAUUCAAAUCAAAUAUGGACCGUCGAUCGAACAUGCCUUCAAUCGUACGUCUAUCAACUCCUCUCCCGUUAAUCUCCCAAAAUUAACCGACCGAACAAUUCACCUCGUCACUAUAAAUUCACUUACCUGUUUUACUUUUCUCAAUAUCAAAACACAAACAACAUUCAAAAGCUUUUAGCGAUUCUUCUAUCUGUUUCAAAUCUUCUUCAUAGCUUCUAAGCUCUCAGGUUCUUGAAGAAGUCAUGGCUCGUACGAAGCAAACCGCGAGAAAAUCACACGGAGGAAAAGCUCCGAGGAAGCUGCUCGCUACCAAGGCGGCGAGGAAAUCUGCGCCGACUACAGGAGGAGUCAAGAAGCCUCACCGUUACCGUCCCGGAACCGUCGCUCUUCGUGAGAUUCGUAAAUACCAGAAGAGCACAGAGUUGUUGAUCCGUAAACUUCCCUUUCAACGUCUUGUUCGUGAAAUCGCCCAAGAUUUCAAGACGGAUCUGAGAUUCCAAAGCCACGCUGUCUUGGCACUUCAAGAAGCUGCGGAGGCAUAUUUGGUGGGUUUGUUUGAAGACACAAAUCUGUGUGCCAUUCAUGCAAAGAGGGUUACGAUUAUGCCUAAAGAUGUUCAAUUGGCAAGAAGGAUUCGUGGAGAGCGUGCUUAGGAUUGAAUUCAAUCAUCAUGAACUAUUAUUUCUUCUAUUAGGGUUUAUUAGUUUUGGAUUGUUUUUGCUUUGUCUACUUUUAAGAAUAUGUCAAACGCUCUUUUGAGAGAUGAAUUUAUCGAUGAUAUUAAUCCUUC